GUGGCGGAUUCUGAAAGUUAAUUAUUGUGGGCAGAACCUAGUUGACUAAAGUAAGCACCAAACAAGCAGCAACAGCUUCUUCUUCAACAACUUCAGGUAAAGAUAUAUAGCUGUGAUUAUUGUAGUGCAUUGCAAGAGGCAUUGAUUAGAUUAGAAGAAUGGCUCUCAAGUAUUUCUGUAUUGGCUAUUCGAGGAAGCAUGCAAGUUCAUCUAAGAGGCCUUACCAAACAACGUUAAUAGAAGAGUCGUUCCAUCAUUUUUCUCUCGCUGAUUUAAAGAAAGCAACCAAUAACUUCCAUGAAAAUAAUUUAAUUGGAAGAGGAGGCUUUGGCAAGGUUUAUAAAGGUUGUCUUCAACUUGAUCAUGUUGCUACAGCAGUAGUAGCAGUGAAGGUAAAGAGUAUACAUAUAUAUUAUAAGCCGAAGGAGUUCAAGAACGAAAUUGAGUUGCUCUGCCAACUCCGUCAUCCUAAUUUGAUAUCUCUGAUCGGAUUCUGCGUCCAUAAAGACAAGGAGAUUAUCGUGUACGAGUACAUGUCCAAUGGUUCCCUCGCUGAUCGCCUAUUCGAAAGCGAUGCAAGGGAACCACUGUCAUGGAAGAAGAGGCUUGAGAUCUGCAUAGGAGUAGCGCGUGGGUUGCACUACCUUCACUCGGGACUCAAACGCACCAUCAUUCACCGUGACAUCAAACCCGCUAACAUUCUUUUGGAUGACAACAUGGUACCUAAACUCUCUGAUCUCGGGAUUUCCGUACAAGGAGCAUUGUUCACAGAAAAGCCAAAACCAAUUCAAGUAAAAGAAGUUUUUCAUUCAACACAAAGCGGUACAUACAAUUACAUGGCCCCCGAAUAUAUACGCAAAGGCACCGUGACGGAUCAAUACGAUGUUUAUUCAUUUGGUAUUGUUCUAAUAGAUGUGGUAUCUCGAAAGCCAGUUGAUGCAAUUAGGAAUGAGAUGUUUGGUUUCCAGCAACCAACAAAUGAAAAAAGAGAAAUGUCUAAUAAUGGUUCAGAAUCUUCUUCAGAUGAUCAUAUUACUAUGAUUGAGGUGCCUGCGCCUGAGCCACCAAAUGAAGAAGUAGAAAUGUCUAAUAAUGGUUCAGAAUCUUCUUCAGAUGAUCAUAUUACAAUGAUUGAGAUGCCUGUGCCUGAGCCACCAAAUGAAGAAGUAGAAAUGUCCAAUAAUGAUUCAGAAUUUUCAGAUGAUCAUAUUACUAUGUCUUGGGGUUCUAAGAUUAAUAUGUUAAGGCUUCGAGCAGAGUAUAUUGAUCCGGCUCUGGUAGGAAAUAUUGCACCACAAUGUUAUGCAGCAUACAUCGAUAUCAUUGACAGGUGCUUGAAGGAUGAACCAAAUGAACGACCAAACAUGGGCGAAGUGGAAUUGCUACUUGAGCAUGCGCUGACUUUGCAACUGGAGGCAGAUGCCACAGAUACUAGUGAUCAUUGAUUACCUCUAAUUAUUCACCAGCAUUACCCAACCACAACAACCAGAGAUGCCAAUUUCAACUUAGAACAUGUUGCCUUGUUGGUUUGGCUGUCUCAUAUCAGAUCAUGUUAUUCUUUCUAGUCAUCACUUGACUUUUUCCUGUGUUGUUAGCAAAAUUGCUUAAUCAUGUAUGUUGCUGAAGCCUUCAAUUUAAUUUCGAAUGGAAAUGUUA